CGUUGAAGGUGCUCUUUCUUGAUACCACCAAAUUGGCAGUACAUCUAAAUGGAACUUGGGUCAAAGGCUCAGAUCGUGAAAUGUUACUCAUUGAAACAAAUGAAAUGACGGAUUUAGAUCAACUGACUCAGUUGAAACAGAAUAUUCUGCUUGAUUUCAUGCCAAAAUUUUAUUGCAAGCUUCCGUCAGAUAGACAUUGA